AUGCUCCCAGGAGCGCUCCCCAUCCAUUUGAGCAGCGAAACGCGCCAUCCAGCCGCGCCGGUCACCCGCUCCCUGCGCGGCCGCGCACUGUGCGCGGGGCUCUGCUCGCCGCGGUGUCACCGCCGGGGCCGGCGACAGCGGCACAGGCCUCUCCUCCCACCGCAGCCGCCGGGAGCUGAGAAGCGCUGCAGGGGAGCGAGAGCAGGGGCGGGGACGGGCGGCGCCGCGUCGCCCCGGGGGUCCCGAGGACGGUGGGGGACCCUGCGCGUCCCCGCCCGGCGGGCAGCCCGUGUGCGGCGGGGCUGCCGCUGCCGCCGGGCUCGGCGAACGCCCGGCGACUUCGGCCGGGCAGGAGAGGCGCUCCCGGUCUCUCGGGGCGCGGUGGAAGCGCUCUCUCCGCCCAGGCGCGGCAGAGCAUCUCUCCCGGGCCGCUUCUCCCCCUCCCCGCGGCCGCUCCGGGCGGCUGCACGCUGUGUCCCCCCCGUGUGGAGUGUCCCCGCCCCCGCCGGGACGCUGCUUGCUGCGCCUGGGCAAACACCCGCCCGGGCAAACAUCCUGAGGGGCAGGUGCUGCCGUGACAGAGGGUCCUCGGCGGGUGAUGCAUGGGCGGCGCGCAGCUGCCCGGUAAUCCCCGCCGGCGGCGCUCAGCGCCGGGCAGUGCGGGGGCGAGCCCCGCUUCCCGGGCGCGGAAAGGCGCUGCACCUGCCCCUGAAGUUGUGCGACGGAGAUGCUGGCGAUGCUGACAGCUUCCUCUCGGAGCGCGGAGUUGCUCCGCGGCCCCGGCCCGGGGGGGCGGUGCGGGCGCCCGGCAAGGCAGAGCACGGGAGCCGCUCGCUGCCGCCACGGGGAUGCUCGCAGGUGCCACUUGUCCCUUGCCCCGGUGAGGAGCGGCGGGUGCCGCCGCCAGCGCUCCCUCCUCUGCCGAGGUGUGCUCCCCUCGGGCAGCGAUCGGCGCUGCCGCCCGCCGUGCCCCUGCCCCGCUGCACAUCCCACCGGUGCGGAACCCCCGCCACCCACACGCGGCUGCUGCUGUCGGGGCACCGGCAGAGCGCCGGGUACGCCCGGGCUGCGCGGCGGCCACCGGGGGAGGGCGGGAAUUCCCGGGGAGGGAGCGGCCCCGCUCUGCAAUGCGGUCCCACUGCUGCAGAGGUCGCCACGCGGGAGCGGUGCAGCGGCAGCGGCCCCCCCGCCCCGGCCGCGCCGCGCCCCGCGUUUUUUGUGAAUGGGACCCUCAAGGAGCGGGCCAUGACGUCACCGCCGGGCCCAAUGGAGGAGCGGGCCCCGUCGGGCGGCCGGCGCGGUGAUUGGCUGGCGGGCGCGCGCGGGCGCCCACGCAGGCGGCGGCGGCGGCAGGUAUAA